UCUCCCUUUUUCCUCUCUCUCCCCCCCCCUCGCUCGCUGCCCCCUCCCCGCUGUCAGGUGACUUUUAGAAUUGCCGAAGCCUGUGAGCUGGGAGGCUUUGGGGGAGCCCAGGAAUGGACUCUGCGGCGCUUUCCAAACGGAACCCUUCUCCGAAAUUAGUAGGCUUGGCAGGGGCUCCUCCUCACCCCCUUCACUCCCCUCUGAACAUGACAGGCUUCGCCGGGCAUCCCCACUCCAUGGUUCCCACGCACCCAGGGGAGUACGCUGCUGCGGAACCCCGCCUGGGGCUGAGCCCAUUCCGGUCCGAACACCUGGGGAACCACCACCACCUCCUCCAACACCACUACCCUCAUCAUCGCUGCUCCGCCACCCUUAAGCUCAGCCCUGCCCCUCCGCCUCACCCCCAGCACCCCUGGGCAGGCCAAGCUGAGGUGGUGCCCCGUCCCAGCGGAGCCUGUGGCGGGAGACAGCCCGCAGCUGUCCCUUAUGCAGUCCCGCACCCGAGCCAAGCUCUGACCGCAGGUAGCUACCCUGGACACCAUGCUCACCACCACCACCACCAUCACCACCACCCCUCAGAAGCCGGGAGCCACUCGCUUUUUACUGGACUCCAGCAGGAGCAAGCCCCCCAUGCGACUCCAGGUGGCCAUCUGAACGGACAGAUAAGACUGGGGCUACCUGGAGAAAUGUACGCCAGGUCCGAGCCUUUCAGUCCAGUGGCAGCUUCCCGGACAGACCCUUUCGCCGCUUCUUCUUUCCACGGCUACGGGGGCAUGAACCUGAACGUGAAUUUAGCCCCCCACCACGGGCCCGGGGCUUUCUUCCGCUACAUGCGCCAGCCCAUCAAGCAAGAGCUCAUCUGCAAGUGGCACGAGCUGGAUCAGACGCCGAAAAAACUGUGCUCGAAAACUUUCAGCACCAUGCACGAGCUGGUGACUCACGUCACGGUGGAGCACGUCGGCGGGCCCGAGCAGUCCAACCACAUCUGCUUCUGGGAAGAGUGUCCCCGCGAAGGGAAGCCUUUCAAGGCCAAGUACAAACUGGUCAACCACAUCCGAGUCCACACCGGCGAGAAGCCCUUUCCCUGCCCCUUCCCCGGCUGCGGGAAAGUCUUCGCUCGCUCCGAGAACCUCAAGAUCCACAAAAGGACGCACACAGGAGAGAAGCCCUUCAAAUGCGAGUUCGAAGGUUGCGAGAGGCGCUUCGCCAACAGCAGCGACCGGAAGAAGCAUUCCCACGUGCACACAAGCGACAAGCCCUACAACUGCAAAGUGCGAGGCUGCGACAAGUCCUACACACAUCCCAGCUCCUUGCGGAAGCACAUGAAGGUCCACUGCAAGUCCCCUCCGCCCAGCUCGGGCUACGAGUCGUCCACCCCGUCGCUGGUGUCGCCCUCGUCGGACUGCGGCCGGGACCCCCCUCAGCCUCAACCGCCGCCUCCUCCUCCAGCCGCCUCCUCCUCCUCCUCCUCCUCUUCCUCCUCCUCCUCCUCGCAGGCCGCGGCCAACCUGAGCGAAUGAUGUCUGUCCCGUUGCUCUCAAGGUAAUCUAGACAGAGGCAGCUGAAAAGCCCCGCAUCUCAUGCCUUAGACAUCAAAGAGGGCUCUCACAAUGCAAGUAUUUCUUCGCAACGGUGAAUCUUCACGGUGAGUUAAGAUUUCUAAAGCAAUAGGCAAGUCAUACUAAAAAGAGUGAAAAGCGAAGUCUGGAGCCCGUCCAGCCUUUUCACGAAGGACAUAAUAUUUACGUCUAACACAUUCUUUUUUUAAAUCCCCCCUCCGCCCUUCACGCCCCUCUAGUCACAGUCUUUAUUUUAAGAACAUACACCCCCAAACCUUCCUGCUCGCCUUCCCUUUCCCCCCAUUUUACUUUGCUGUCUAUUUAUUUGCAUUUUUGUGUUGGCGAGGGACCUGGAAGAAAUCGUUUUCCUCGAAUUUCCGGGGCAAGAGACAGAAAGAGGAGAGCCGGCCAGGGGGAAAAAAAACAAACCACGCGAAUUGGGAGGGGGGCUCUUGUUCCAAGCCCCUCAUCAGAAUGGAUAAGAAUGUCAGGAAGAACAAGGGGGCCGCUUGAAUCGCCGCCCGUCCGUCAGCUCGCUUUUGUUUUCUCUUCUGGGCCGCGAUCAGAGACGGCCUUUGGGAUUUGAUGGCGACUUUUUUCCCCUCUUUUCUAAAGGCGAGGAAAUGGGUUUGAAGGAGGGAAAAGAAAAGGAGAAAGGUCUAAUCAAGCCCGGCCUUGUUCAAAGGCUCUGAUUUGGGGUGGGGGGUGGGGGUUGAAAAGUGUGAGCUUUACGGUGCAUCAACAUGCCACGUUAGGAUCGCUAUGGUAAUGAGCGGAGCAAUAGCAAGAGCCGCUGAAAAGCAGGCACACUCCAUUCGAGACAGUCUAUUAAGAUACAUUUGCGCUGACCUUUGGUUUCAUGCUAGCUUAAUACAUUCAAGCUGCUCUUCCUCGGAGAUGGACUUCCUCCAUCUCGCCCCCUUCGCCUUUCCUGGCUUCUAAGGGAGGCUUUUGUUAGCGCAUCUUGGGCCUCUGCGAUUAAGAGACCCAAAGAGGGAGGGGGCGGCGGCGCGGGGAGAGGCGGAUGAAUGUUUUACAUCCCUGGAAAGCGGUGGGACUUCAGCAUCCUCUUAUUUCAAAGCAGCCGAGCCAGUGGGAAUAGGAUUACUCUCGAGCAAGUCGAGCCGAUUGAGCAGCCGGCACGUUUGUUUGCUGACCAGUUCCCCAAACUGGCCUCCUGUCCCGCUGCAUUGCCCCCCCCCUCAAAAAACCUACACACCUCCCUCCAAGAAUCUGCCAAUGAACUGUGAACCUGAUUUUCCCUUUCUGCGGUUGGCAGUCCCUUUUCGACAAAAGUAUGAGACUGACUUAGUUCAGGGGACCGAGAGUGUUGUCAAAGUAGUGACAUAUAUGCCUGUUCAUUUCCCUCCUACACACCACUUAUGCAUGCUUACUGUAUAUGCAGCCACUGUGCUGGAGGAGGAAGAGGACGUGGAAAGGGGCGCCAGUGGGGUCCGGUGGGCUUCGAGGCGAUCUUUUGAAUGCCUUGGAUGGUCCAGUCAAACAAACAAACAAACAACAAAGAAAGAACCGGCCGGUGGAGUGUGUAGCUCAAGUAGCGGUGUUAAACGUUUUCCGGGGAUGCGAAACUUGACACUCGCAAGUCUAGGCCACGGGCGAUGGGCCACGAUUCCGGGAAAGUUAGAAGUCCAUGUUCCAGUAAUUGUCUUCUUGUUUAUUUUAUCCAAGUACCCCUCUGAAUAGGGGAAAAAUAAACACGCUGGCAAAAAAAAAAAAAUUUCAAACAGUGGAGUCUUCUUUAGUGCCGGCCCUUGUGGCUGAAUUAAAAAGGAUGGUCCAAUUUCUAUUGAGCUGAGAAAUCUUUGAAGUGGGAAGUUAUUAUCUGAGAAAUUCCUUGUCGUCGCCCUAACAACGCUGAUGAAACAUAAAAAGGUUCUUUGUCAGCGAUUUGUUCUCCUCUCUGUCAAAUUCCCCCUGCCCCGUUCUGUGGGACCGUUUCCAAAGAGAUGAAACCAAACUUCUUAAAAGAUAACAUUGGGAUGGAGACAGAAAAUGCUGCAGCGCCCAGUCCUAGACAUGCUUCUAUCUAUGUCCUUCUGCCCGCCUCUCUAGGCACUGUGGGAGAAGAGAGAAGCAUCCCUCUUUUCUCAUCUUCUAGCUCCAUGUUCCUUCUGGGCCUUUCUUUUUGGAACUUGUUUGUUUGUUUGUUUGUUUUUCCUGGCGAAACCAUUUCCUUCUAGGCAGGUUCCAAAUCCUUGUCAGCUACACAUCGGCCGUUAACACCAAGUCUACAACUUCAGGGCCACCCUGACUCCCCACCCCUACCUCCCAACCCCAGCGUAAUGAGUGCAAUCCCACACACGAGUCUUUAUACCGGCUUGGCUAACGUUAACGCUGGAACCACAUAUUAAAAGCACGUUUCUCCAUUGCAAUGCACUAAAACGGUUCCGCCUUCAAAGCGAUGGCUUCCAUAUGUUGCCAUGUUUUAUUGUCAGCGGCUGGGAGGGAAGGCAUAGGCGGCCCCUGCUUGGGUUCCUCAAAUGAGAAACGCAACAGUCGGCAAUUAAAGGAUGUCCUGGGGUGGGGGUGGGGCGACACGUUGCGCAUCAGUUUUGAAUUUCUGGAGACUUUUAUGGCCCCGCUUCCCUCUAAAAGAUGGCCUCGUUGCGUGCUGCUUGGAGGCCGCCACGUGCUGCGAAGCCGAUGGCCGGUGGAUUGUUGCAGGCUGUUCAGACAAGUUCGGGCACAGGGCCCCCAUUUUAUGCCCCUACCUGAGAACGGUAAUGCACAACCAGUCCGAUUCGGUGACCCCGAAACAGCUGUAAUAUCAGACAAUUGCACUGACAACCCACAAUCUGUGGGACAGAGUGACACUGAAAUCCAAAGCUUCUGUUUCUUCUUCUUCUUUUUGUUGUUGUUUAUAUAUCAUGUUUGUUAUCGGAGUGAUAAUCCCUCGCCUUUCAGUGGGAUUUCCUGGAAUCCUAACCAUUUGCAAAGAAACAUCCCCCUUCCAAUGAAUAACUUCCGUCCGUUUGGGCGUGAGUUCAACACUGUCUGGCUUUAAACCGUAUGGGGGUGGGGGGAACCUUAUAAAGACAAUGGGUGCAUUUCACAAAGAUACGAUUUCAGACUAAUUUUACCAGGCAAAGGGCGUGAUGAUCCCAGUUUAGCUUUAAACUCACCUUGGUGUGAGGAACCGGUCUAUUUCAAAUGUGUAUGGAUUUCUUGAUUUGGAAAAAAAAGAAUAUUUGUACACAUUUCUGGUGCUCUUCCUGUGUCGCCUUUUUGUUUCAUUGACGAAAUUCGCUGUCCCUUUUUACAAAGACGAAUUCAAAAUAUGUCUGUUUUUAUUUUACUGUGCCACUUUUGAACGGGUCUGUGAUGUAAAAAACGCAAAAAAAAAGCAAUUAUUUGCAAUUGCCCAAAUGUAUACAACGGGGAUAAUUUGGUCAGUUUGUGACAGGGUGGUAGGACAUAAUGCAUAUGUUUUAUAUAUAAUUGGCCAAAACACUGUUAAUAUCUGAACAAUCAAUUAUGUUGGGGGGGGGGGAAAGUGUACUUUUAAAAUAAAGACCCUCUUGAAAAA